CCCCCCCCCCCCCCCCCCCCCCCCCCCGCUGUCAGCAUGGCAAACCGGGGCCCCUCGUACGGGCUGAGCAGGGAGGUGCAGCAGAAGAUCGACCGGCAGUACGACCCCGAGCUGGAGCAGGUGCUGGUGCGCUGGAUCCUGGCGCAGUGCGGCAACGACGGCGUGGCACAGCCGGCGCCCGGCCGGGACGGCUUCCAGCAGUGGCUGAAGGACGGCACGGUGCUGUGCCGGCUCAUCAACAGCCUCCACCCGCGGGGACAAGCGCCCGUGGCCAAAAUCCAGGCGUCGGCCAUGGCCUUCAAGCAGAUGGAGCAGAUCUCGCAGUUCCUGCAGGCGGCUGAGCGCUACGGCAUCGCCGCCACCGACAUCUUCCAGACCGUGGAUCUCUGGGAAGGGAAGAACAUGGCGUGUGUGCAGAGGACCCUGAUGAACCUGGGCAGCCUGGCCGUGGCCAAGGGCGAUGGGCUCUUCGUGGGAGACCCCAACUGGUUCCCCAAGUAUGUUGGGGGUGCUGGAGGAGGGGGGAGGCCGGGCUGUGGGGCCCCGUGGGGAUGCUGA